AUGCACGGACUCAAUAUCGCGAUCGUGGUGGGCAAGUGGUUCAACUCCCUGGACAUCAGCACGGAGGACCUGGUGUGGGCCAGGGGCACGAAGGACAUACCGAUCUCCGCGUGCUCGUUGCCCUGCGAGCCAGGUAUGAUAAAGAAGCAACAGGGUGACACUUGUUGCUGGGUGUGCGACCAGUGCGAGGAGUACGAGUACGUCUACGACGAGUACACCUGCGUGGAGUGCAAGGCGGGCUACUGGCCGCACGACGACAAGAGGGGCUGCUACCAGUUGCCGAUCAACCACAUCAGGUGGGACAGCGCGUUCGCGAUCGUUCCGGCGGUGAUAUCGUGCCUUGGCAUCGUGGCCACCCUGGCGGUCGCGUGUCUCCUGUUCCACCACCGGGACACGCCGCUCGUCAAGGCGUCCGGACGCGAGCUGACGACUAUUCUGCUGGCCGGAGUGCUCGUCUGCUACCUGAACACGUUCCUCUUGUUGAUGACUCCCACCACGGUCACCUGCAUCCUGCAGAGGUUAGGGGUGGGCGUCAGCUUCAGCGCCGUUUACGGUGCCCUGCUCACCAAGACCAGUCGGAUCGCGAGGAUCUUCGACUCCGCCUCGAGAUCGGCCGUCAGGCCUAGGUACAUCAGUCCUACCUCCCAGAUGUGCAUCGCCGCUGCGCUGAUCGCCUUCCAGAUCGUGUUGACGUUGGUGUGGAUGAUCGUCGAGCCGCCGGGCACCAGGUUCUCCUACCCGGACCGCAAGCAGGUGAUCCUCAAGUGCAACAUACAGGACAUGAGCUUCCUGUUCUCGCAGCUGUACAACGCGAUACUGAUCCUCGUCUCGACGAUCUACGCGGUGAAGACGCGCAAGAUACCGGAGAACUUCAACGAGAGCAAGUUCAUCGGGUUCACCAUGUACACCACGUGCAUCAUCUGGCUGGCGUUCGUGCCGAUCUACUUCGGCACCGGGAACGCCCACGAGACCCAGAUCACCACGCUAUGCGUCGCGAUCAGCCUGAGCGCCUCCGUGACGCUGGUCUGCCUCUACUCGCCGAAGGUGUACAUCAUCCUCUUCCAGCCGGACAAGAACAUCCGGCGGAAGGUGACCAUGGGGGACAAAUUCAAGAAGCAGGGCAGUAGCGCGGGCACUUCGUCCAUCACUAAGUACACCGGCUGCGAGCUGACCAGCGAGAGCAUGCCGCUGCAGAGCGCGCUGACCGCCGCCGUGCAGACGUCCGUGGGCGUGACGGAGAUCGCCCUGACGUCGAACACGUCGGGCAAAACUACUAACGAGCAAGUGGCGGAGCUGUAGAUGGGAGCCGAGCCGUAAUUCAGAUUUUCAGACCGUUCCGGACACCCCUGGCACCCGGCCAGCCGAUAAGACCGGCCCGGAAGGGUCGCGGUUGUGAAUAGUGCGAAUGUGUGCUAAUAAAACGGGGGCGGGGGAGGAUCUCCCAGGGGUUCCGCGCUCGUCAAGGGGGACGUGGCGCGCGCGCGAGAAUCGGGAGCAUCGCGGCGGCAACGAGGAGAAUGGACGGGACACGAUAAGGGAGCGGUUCACAAAGAAUCGUCGUCGUCGUCGCCGACAAAGCUCCUCGCGCGAUGUCCGACGGCCCCGUGAAUCCUCGAUGGAUCUGGGUAAGCUUAAGUUAUUUACAGUCGGUGGACAACGCGCAGCGAGCCGGUAACACACUUUUCCUCCCUUUUUUCCCGCGCCGCGAUCGCGUGUAACGCGCCGCCAACCCCUUUCCCCGCGACUUUAAAACGGGAUCAUCCGAGAACUCGCGGCGCUCUAACUCGGACUUCGCGUUCCUCUCGCUCGGACGUCGAUGGAAUAUCUUUGGAAGUUUGUGAAUUGACACUAGAACUACCUGAUUUCGUUUCGAUCAACAAAUUCGUCGUUUGGAUGCUAAACUACUUUUGUGGAUAUUUACCGAAAAUGAAGUGAUUGGGUGUGUAUGCAAAAAAAUUAAUAAGAGACAAUAGAUUACUUCCGGUUUCUGCGGACACUCGUUACAGUACUCGCGUGAAACUGUUUAUUUUCAGAAUCAUUUCGAAUAUUACAGUGCUUUACAAUAUUAACAACUGCGAAACAAACGGAUCGAAACCGUUUUGAGUGGUACGGUGGUUCUAGUGUUAAUAUUGAAUAACAUUCGAGUGUUUGUUUAAACGCAAUUAAUAGGUCGGCCGAAUUUAUUUACGAAAUUUACUGAUGCUACUUCUGGCUUGUUCGGCAGGGAAUGUUGAUAGGUCGUUUAAAGGAAGAAGUUGCUGGUUAACACGUUCCGUGCCACUGUGUUGAGUUUUUCAAUAAAAUAAUAAGUUACAUUCAAGUUUCUGGUUAUUUCUAUAUAUUUUGACAUUGUUUCUUUAUGUUUUCACUGCUUUGUAACGUACACCGCCGACCGUGAUCCAUUAAAAAUAUUUUCUUAUACCUUUGGAAUACCAAUUUCAGCGAGCGCGCCGCGCUUUGUCCGCCGAUUGUGCGUAGUGCGAGGAAAUAAUUGAGGAACGACAGAGAGAAAUGACGUGACGGACUAUCGGCCGGGACGCGGGGCAGGGCCGAGGAUGACAGAUGCGCUUAGAACGUCGUGUCACGAUUGUCAAGCGUCUACAGGGUGUGCGCAACCGUUAGCGAACUUUGUAAUUGUCGCGCGCCGAGAAGAAUGGAGGCAUGCGCUACCCGUCGUCCGGACGACGACACCGAUCGCGCAUCGUCGCUGGCGUUUUCGUUCGCUCAUUACUACUACCGGUAUGUCGAGAUCACUUGUAUCGCGAUCACUGUUGUCGUUAUUGUUACUGUUAACGGUUACUUUGUGAAUUAUAUAUGAACGAUACAAACACACGCGACACGCGUACACGGAUGUACACGGUGUACGAGAAUACUUGUAACAAUGUGAUGGCACGAGUCCGUUGCGUCUCGGGGAGAUCGAGCUCGGGACUACAGUCGAGUUAGUGUAAUAAAUACCGGAGGAAAAUUGAUUAACUUAUGGAAUUCGCGUGUAAUUCAUUAUCUACCGCGAGAACGGUUUCGACGUAUGAUUCUCCUGAAAAUGCGAGUUUUCCUAAGAAUUAUUCAUUCCUUUCCUGAGAGAAGUAUUCAAAGUGAUUUUUGCAACUAUUCUUUUGUUUAGUACAAUUCGCCUCUAAGGGAAAGGUUCUCGAACUUAUUCUUCGAGCUACCGAGUCUUCUGUUAAUUACGAUUCUUCUCCGGGAAAAAUGCUUUGAAAGUUCAAAUUUCUUUCUCUUUCAAAUUUCCUUAAUUACUAACACUUCUUUGCUUGUUAUUACUUAGUUUUCUUACAGCCGAGCUUCCCGUGAGUUAGCCUCUUUCACGAACUAUCGAUUCGGAUCCCAAUACGAAGAAAACAGCCGGCUAUCUUCCGGCGGCCGUUGAAAGGUCGAGGCGAGAGACCGGCGCGGACGAACGUUAAAAUGUUUGUACCGUUCAUUAACCGAGCGUGUCGGCUAAUUGGCGCGAUUAAAGUCGCGUGUCGGCCGCGUGUAUCGGGGAGUUCGAUUCGAUUACGGCUAAUAACGGCGAGAACGGCGCUCGAAGGUUCUCGGCGACCCCGAGACGCACCCCCGCCGCUCGGAUCGCGCGGCUCGUGCCAAAAAUUGAACGAGCGUCUGGGAAGAGUGCGUACGCUGCAAACUUUACGAAAGACGCUCUCCGACAGAUUGAAGAAUCACCGUUAACGAUCGUUUUUGUAUCGCAUUUCACGCUCGCAACGAAUAAAUGAUUUUCUCUCUAUCAACCCUUAACGGACCGGGAGUACCUCAAGUUCACCCACCGCCGGAAAAUACGUGGCACAAUACUCGACGCGUGAAUUGUAAAUAUUGCAACAAUAACAGAGACGAAAAUAAUAAAAAUGUCAUGCCGCUUGUACGACGUUGCUCCGUUAAGGGUUACACCAUUAUCUACCUAAUUUCUCCAAUCUCUACAAUCAAUUAUUUCCACGUUUCCCUACUUUUCUAAACUGCAACGUACGCUCUUCCGAGAAUUGGGCAAAGUAUAAUCCGACUGCGCGCAAUUAACGACGAUUCAAAUGUAACAUUCGAUAACACGUCUUUGUAAUAACGACCUUCGAUUAAUCCGCGACCGAAACUGAGCCGACGAAGGUCCUAAUUAAUGAUCACCGUUAGUAAGUUGCAGUCGAACGAAAAGUUGCGGUUCGAUCAUUAGUCCCGCCAUGCGAUCAGAUUAAAUUUUGCCCGAUUCUACUAGCAGACGUCCAUUCGAUUAUUCCGUUGGAAAGAGGACGAAGGAGGAUGAAAGAGGAAACUGGGAACGGUUCGCUCGUGCAAAUGUAAUUAGCUCGUUCGAGUGAUCGGCGUUCAUUGUCCAUUCUUCCCGCGUAGGCUGCCCUGGCCAACGAGCCGACC